GGGGGGGGGGGGGCUAAAAAAACAGGAUCUUCUUAGCCCCGGAGGCGUUACAUGAGUCAUUUUAGAGUGGUUCGUCGGUAAGACGGUCACUUCCGGUUAGCGCACUAGUCCCUUUCGGCAAGUUUGAUUGCAGUCGCUUCUGGUGGGCUUCUCUUAUGCUUCCCUCGUUUACGGGUCACUUGAAGUUUGGAACUACUAGGAGCUAAUCCUGUAGUGGCUCCUCUAGUGAACUGUGCCUUGAACGAAGCCAAGUCUUGGUUAGCGAAAUACGGAAGGCACCAGAAUGAAGGACUUGUUGUUUACAGAACCCUGAACUGCCGUCUCUGGUGGCAGUAACCACUGACGAGGCGAGGGUAUGUGUGCGGACGGUGCAAAUUCAUGCCUAGGAGAGAGUGUCCGUCGUGCCGGGUGUUUCCAUAUGUGCGUCGGAAUUAAGUAAACAUUGCUUGGCUCCAAGAGGUGUCUGCUGCUUUACCGGCGGGACGUUCCGUUCGAGAAGGGCAUGGACGGCCGUGAUUGGAAACAUGUGCGUUCGAGCUAAAACUAGUCCAGUCAGCGCUUAGUAAAUGGUUAAGUGUCAGGAGCAUUUCAGAGGAAGGUCAGCGACCUUGAGUUGAUCUGGACCCGAAAUGAAGAGCGAGGAUGGAGGUCAGUAAUGCCGUAGCCAGACAAAGCAACGCAUACCAAAGAGAAUCGAAAGUGGGGUAGAGUCGUGACUGUAGAAGGUGGACUUUUUAGUUCCGUAGGGAAGAUAUAACCAAGGAGAAUAUAACCGAAGCUAAAAGCACAGUUAACGCGCAUGAAGAUGGUGCGCAAAGGGACUGUGAGGGGACGGACAACAGCCUGCAGCCCAUGACUUUCGAGAGGCACCCAUGCACUGACCAAAAAGUCGCCGUAAUCCUACUUUAAUGUGCAGGAAGACUGGAAAUUCCUAGUCCCAGACAAAGACAAUGUUGGUUCACGUUUCUUCGUCACCUUUCUGCACCGCGACUAGCUUGCCUGCGAUGCAGGCUAGAUUGGCGGACCAGUCAUCGUCCCCCAACCUCCCUUAUAGCUUACGCAUCACUGGAGGAGCAGUCAUCAUAAUUGUCGUUCCUUCGAUAUCGGUACACCAAAGGAAUUGAAGCAGCGUUCUGUCAACAUAUCCCGCUUUUCAAGGACACACAGACGACUCACUUCUUUUUCGAUGAAGGAAAGCUGCAGAAAGGGCUUCCAGUUUUCGAUCAUCCAUUUUAAUCCACCCUUGGCAUAACCACAAGGCACCUACAUGUUAUCCCGUCAAACUAGUUGAAAAUACAUAUUGUCUUCACCUACGGCUUGCAACGUAUGUGCACGUUUACGGCAGAGGGGGCCCGUAUUGGCCGGGAAAAUUUUGAGAGCAUUACCACUGCGCUGCUAAGACCGGUCCUUAUUGUAGAUGACGGCCGUGUUCCUGUGCUUACAAUCCCCCAGUGCAAAGUAGGAAAGGACAACGUCUAUAGUCCAUCGCCCCCACUCUCAGUGGCCAUCGUCCAUUUAGUGCCUCUUGUCUGCCGUUCCCUCUCCGCCCUCCUCUCUCAUCUGCUCCUCCCCUCGUCUCCGUUUACCUGUUAUCAUCUCGCCCCCCCCCUUCCUCCGCUCCCUUGUUCUCUUCUUUAGUACUACAAGUACGGUCUCGAGUGCAGCCUUAUUGCUCUCUCCUGCAUCAGCGUAUAUACGGCAUUCACAUUUGCGGUGACGCGUUGGCGAACCAACUUCCGACGUGAGAUGAACCGUGCCGAUAGCCUCGCCGGCAGUCACGCUACUGAUGCCAUGAUUAACUACGAGACCGUCAAGGUGAGUGCAACGCCCCCUCUUCGGCUCUGUCAAUUAGCCUUUUAACUUUCACCCGGUCUCCCUUUCUGCCAACAUCCUGUCAUGUCUCUCCAGUAAGGACCCGGCUUCCAAGUGCGACUGUAAUGAUGUGUCAGCAUAAUCCUCCGCUCUCUCAGAUAGCAGCACGACGCGGAGCGUUACGGUCGGCUCCAGAGUUUAGGCUGAGUGCGCUCUGUUUUGUCUGUUCUUACGAUCGAAGACUUUGGGGGGCGGAGUAGAGUAGACAGGAUAUGACAGUGUGCAGGAGCCCCGGGCCUGCGGCGGGUGUAGCUAUCGACCCGCAAGCCCGUGUGCCCUUGACCACACCUGCCUCUCAAGGCCACCUCUCAGGUAACUCCGCUAGCGAGGUGUAUUGCGCAUGAGCCCUCCUGCUGCAAAUCGACAAACCACCCUCUGCAGGACGCCGUGAACCGUGCUGCACAAGUGCUUGAUCUGCCAUCCUGUGUUAAUCUACAAAAAUGUCAUCUCCGAGACUGUAUUGACUCACCUAGGGCACUGCAGGUGCAAACCCCACGACUGGAUGUCCUCCAACAUUAUUUAUUUGACAGGUAGUGUGUGUGUGUGUGUGGCGCUGUCGACUUUUGGGUGGAGUAUUGUGUCAUUAUGCAUCAAUGGGCAGAUUUAAGUUAAUCAAAUCUGAUGCUGACCGGACGUAGACUCGGAGUGUUGUCACUGCUGUUUUGCACAGUGCCUAUGCUGGCUUGACCGGCUCCAGUCUGCAGGAAUAAGUUAAAAGUAGAGCCUUAGUACAUAAAGCAACCGCGAUGGAGGGAGUCUUACUAAAUGACGGACAUUACGCACCAUGUUUCGUCAUGCGAACUUUUCAUGGGUAACCGAUUUGUCACAUCAGCGGCUGCAUAGUCGGUGCCUGCUUAUUUCUCAGGCCCGAGAGUUAGCUGAUUUCGCAGCGAGCCCGCACCGAAACCUGUCUCACUAUCGGCUACCUUCAGGGUCGCCGCGUGGUACACGGUAAGGACGCGUCUGUCGUUGCUGCGUUGGAGCUAGCCUCUGCUGUUUGGCACCCCGGGAAACUUUAUCUGUUUGUUCCGCAUUGA